AUGGGGAGGGUAAAGCUAAAGAUAAAGAGGUUGGAGAACACAAAUGGAAGACAAGCAACCUAUGCAAAAAGGAAGAAUGGAAUAAUGAAGAAAGCUAGUGAAUUAUCUAUAUUGUGUGAUAUAGAUAUUAUACUUCUCAUGUUCUCUCCUGGUGGAAAACCUUCAUUAUGCACAGGGAGACGCAACAACUUUGAGGAUGUGAUUUCAAAGUUUGCUCAACUAACCUCACAAGAAAGGGCAAAGAGGAAAUUGGAGAGUCUUGAAGCACUAAAGAAAACAUUUAAGAAGUUAGAUCAUGAUGUGAACAUACAAGACUUUUAUGGUACAAGUAGUCAAACUGUUGAGGAUUUGAAUGAUCAAGCUAAGCUAUUACAUAACCGUAUCUCCGAAAUACACGAGCGACUAAGCCAUUGGAGUGACAUUGAAAAAAUUAGCAGUGUGGAUGAAUUGGGACAGAUGGAAAAUUCACUCAAAGAGUCUCUUAAUCAAAUUAAUACACACAAGGAAAAUGUACAAAAGCAACAAUUGGUAUCACUGCAAUGCAAUAAUCAGUUCAAUGAAAUGCAUGUUCCCUACAAAAUGAAUCCUCAACAGCAUCUACAAUCUCUAUCAUGGAUUGUUAAUGGUGACAGCCAGAGUAUAGUACUACCUGAAGACUCAAGCUUGCUUCUCCCCAAAGAUGUAGAAGGCUCAACAAGCUCAUCAUUUGGAAGCUAUGCAAGUUAUCUUGGCUCAAACACAAAACCAAACAUUUCAAAUUCAGCACAAGAAAAUUGUGUCCUUAGUGACAUGAGCAAUAAUGUUACUAAUGCUCCUGUUAGACUACAGUUUAAUGGACAAUUUCCAUACAUACCAAACAAUUUCAACAUAAUGAAUGAUAUGAAACUCCAAACACCUCCACCAAUGAAUAAUAAUCCACAUGAAAAUCAAGUAGAUCAUAACUAUCAUGUCAAUGGAAACUUUGAAGCACCUAAACAAGUGUUUGAUCAAUCUAACCACCAUGGUUGGACUACUAAUUCAGGUCCUUGUGCUGUUAAUAUCUUUGAUGAACAUUUGUAUCCACAGCCAAAUUUUCCACAAGUGCAUUUUGGCUUCACAUAGUAAAUUUAUUUAUUUUUUUACUUGUUUUUUUGUUAUUUCUUCAUGAGCUCCUUUGAUUUGUUACACCUUUUGAUAGCAUAUUAGAAUUGUAAGUAACUUAUAAUAGAAAAAGAAAAAUAUUGUAAUGGCCCAAUUCAAAAGAAAAUUUAUUUUUGUAUAUUUUUUGUCCCAAGAUUCCAUGUUCUAGGCAUUGUUCCUAGAUGUGUAAAAAAAAAAAAAAAAAGAGACAUUGUUCCUAGAAUGAUCGCAGUCAAAACUCAAAAGGCGAUGAA